AUGGUUUUACUUAUUUUGUCAUACUAUCUUAGCAGUUUUACAUUGGGAAUCGAUGGGCAUUGGCUCUUCACGCAUUUGGUUAUCAGCCCGGUGACCAAUGGCAAAACGACGCUUGAAUUUACGGAUCUGUGCAUUGGCAACAGUUUCUCAGCAACAGUUUCAGUUACGGACGUUGAAGAGAUAAUAAUCGAGGCACCCGAAUUUAUUGCACUGAAUAGCCAGCAACAAGUAGAGUUAAAAAUCCGUGAUGUUGAAGGCUCAUUUUUCAUAACCGAUGAUGCGGAUAUAAUGAAUGCGCAGCUGAAUGCUUCAUCCAGCGCUAUUUCUAUUACCAGGAUAAACGCUUUGAAUUACGUCCUUCAAGGAAACGAAGUUGGUGUUACAACAUUGCGCGCAUCUGCUCUUCGUGCAAAUGGACGUUUGCUACAGAGUAAAUCACAUGGCGUGCAAGUUUUCGCGCAGCUUCAGCUACAGCCAAAACUUGUUACACUGAUCCCCGAUGCCGUUUUCCAGUUGGAGGUAUUUGGUGGUCCUCAGCCAUUACCGCCUGUACAUUAUCGCCUAAACGACACUUCGAUAGCUGCUAUUGCACAAAAUGGUUUAAUAACGAGUAAGAAAAUUGGGUACACAAAGGUUGUUGGAUCGGUUGGCUUGGAUGGUAAUGCAUCUAUUGAGGAUUAUGCUAUUGUAAAAACCGUUACGCUGGCUGGCAUACGCAUUCGAAUUUCCACAACACGCAUCGAAGUGGGUGAGAAGGCAUGGGCCCGUGUGGAUGGCCUUGCUCACGAUGAGACGCCAUUCUCGUUCGGUGGAGCUUUGUAUCCGCUCAAGUUUUCCUGGUCAACAACCACACCUGGCAUUAUUCAAAUCGCAUCACCGCUCGAUGUACAUAUUAUUACUUUUUAUGCGUUUUGUGCUGUGUAA